CUCAGAACGCUGAGGGGGUCGAUGUGUGCAGAGAGGCCUCGUCGUCGUCAAGCUGACGAUGGCAGCUGUGGUCUCUGUUGGGGAAGCUGUUGCUCCUGAGGGCCAGCUGAUUAUCUCUCCGCGGUCCUCAAAAGGAAAGAGUGCACACUCUGGAGGAGUAGUUUGCACUCCACUUCAUAAAAAAGCAUUUUCAGCUGCAGCCAUGACUUGCUCUAGGAGAAAGGCUCUUGGUAACAAAGCAAUCACUACAUCUGGAGCCGUGUAUCGCUCUGGGGGAAAGGCUCUGGGUAAAAAGGUGUACACUGUACCUGAAGGCACACAUCACCCUCCGAGAAGGGCUCUGGGAAAGGUGAAUACAGCUACGGGAGUCAUGAGCAAGAUGCCUGAGGUAAAGCAGGAAAAUCAACCUGAGAUAAAGCAGGAAAACCAGCCUGGCACUGCAGUCAAAACUGAUGAAAAGACUGAAUUAGGCAGCUGUACUUCAAAGUCUGACAAAGGUUUGGCAGAGUGUAAAGAAGAUUGUGCUGAGUCUGAAGAAGAUUGGCCAGAAGUAGAAAACAUGUUUCAUUUUGAUCCUCAAGACUUUGAUAACUUCGAUGUUCCUGAGGAGUGCAAACUGAGCAAUCUGGACCUGCGUGGUGUUCCCCUCAUGGUAUUCCCAAGGACAUAUCACAGACGUGUAGAGGAAACGCCAACCCCUCUCCUCACUCCAGAGUUGUCAUUUACAUCCAGCUUGCUGCAAGCGAAUGCUGACUUCAUUGCUAGCCUGGAAAAACUACACUUCCCCGAGCUGCCACCAUUUCCAGCUGACUUUUAUGAGGAGCAGGAAUGUUGUAAUGGGUUUUAAAUUUCAUGUAGUUCUGUAUUUCAAUAAAAGCUAAUCUAACAUGCACGA